AGUGUAUAUAUAGAGUUUACUCUGUGAGAGCUUUUUUAGGUAAGUAAAUUAACCCUGAAGUCCACACUUCCCUCUCUAUCCCUCCCCUACCAUACCUUUGAGAGGGCCUUGGUCGAUUUCCUUGACGUUGCAUCGCAAUACUCCCGCUCAGUCUUCUAAAUCACAUUGUGCGUAGUUACUAUCAACUAGUGGCGAGGAUAGUCUAAUUAAUCCCUCAUCUUUAAUAACACAAACCCAAAAAGCUAUAGCAAAUACUGAUUUAUGCUAAAGAUGAUGGCCAAGGGGAAGAUGAUGGCCAAGGGGAAGAUGAAGGCGAUUAUGAUGGAGAUAAUGCAGAUGAAAGAGAUGGUGGAGAUCGAGAUGACCAGCCUGAUGAUGAACCUGAUGAUAACAAUGAGGAUGAAGAUGAGGAUAAUAAGGACGAAGAGGAUGAUGACGGUGGUGGAGAUCAAGAUAAUAAAGAAGAUGAUCAAGACCCAGACCAAGAUGAGAAUCAAGGGGAUGAUCAGGAAGAAGGUCAAGACAAUGAUCAAGAUAAUGACCAAGACGAUGACCAAGAUGUUAAGCCUGGUGAUGAGGGUUAUGAGCAGGACCAGGACAAUAGUAAGGACAAUGAGGAAGAUGAUGGCGAAGAUGAUGGCGAAGAUGAUGGCGAAGAUGAUGGCGAAGAUGAUGGCGAAGAUGAUGGCGAAGAUGGUGACCCUGAGGAUGAGAAUGAUAUUGAUAAUAAGGACAAUGAGGAGGACAAUGAGGAAGAUAAUGAUGCAGCCAAUAAGUAUAAUGAACAAAACAACAAGGAAGAUAAUAAUGAGGAACAGGAAGAAGAAGAGGAAGAGGAAGACGAAGAGGGAGAAGAACAAGAAGGAAAGGGGGCUAUUAGCCAAGGGAAGGGUAAUGAGAAGAAUCAAUAAGAACCCAAAGCACUAAAAG